AUGGCUCCCUCCGCUGUCGAAGAGCCUGUUGCUGCUGCUGCGGCCCCUGCGGCCACUUCUCCGGCUGCUGUGGCCACAGACAACCUACCUCGCAUCCUCGUCCCCGAAAAGGUCUCUCCGGAUGGCCUCGCCAUGCUCCAGGACCACUGCCAGGUCGAUAUCCGCCUGGGCCUCUCCGCCGAGGAGUUGCUGCAGACCAUCCCCUCCUACAACGGCCUCAUUGUCCGUUCCGAGACCAAGGUCACAGCUGCUGUUCUUGCUGCGGGCCGCAAGCUGCGUGUUGUGGCACGUGCCGGUGUCGGUGUCGACAACAUUGACGUGGAUGCGGCCACUACGCACGGCAUCAUUGUCGUCAACUCGCCGGCGGGCAACAUCCGUGCCGCCGCCGAGCACACUGUGGCGCUGCUUCUGGCCACGGCCCGCAACAUUGGCCGCGCUGACACCACGAUGAAGGAGGGCAAGUGGGCUCGCAGCAGCCUCGUGGGUGUUGAGGUGGGCGGCAAGGUGCUGGGCAUUGUCGGCCUGGGCAAGGUCGGCAUGCAGGUCGCCCGCAUGGCCAAGGGUCUGGGAAUGCGUGUCGUUGCCUACGACCCCUAUGCCAGCCCCGAGGUGGCCCGUAGCGCGGGCGUCGAGCUCGUCGCCAAUACGGCCGGUGCACCCGGCAAUGAGAAGAGCGGGCUUGAUGCUCUGCUGCCGCAGGUGGACUUUUUGACCAUCCACACGCCGCUGUUGGCUACGACGCUCAACCUGCUGGACGAGACACAGUUCAAGGCGAUGAAGCCGGCAGCGCGCGUGCUCAACGUGGCGCGCGGCGGCGUCUACAACGAGGAGGCGCUUGUGAAGGCGCUCGACAACGGCUGGAUUGCAGGCGCCGGCAUUGACGUAUUUACGUCCGAGCCGGUCAAGCCGGACCCCGAGGGCAAGUCUUGGGCCGCGCGCCUGGCGGCCCAUCCCAAGGUGGUCGCCACCCCGCAUCUGGGCGCCUCGACCGUCGAGGCCCAGGAAAACGUCUCGCUCGACGUGUGCGCGCAGAUGCGCACCAUCCUCCGCGGCGGCCUGCCCACAGCGGCCGUCAACGCGCCGCUGAUCCUGCCCGAGGAAUACCGCAAGCUGCAGCCGUACGUGCGCCUUGUGGAGCGCAUGGGCAGCUUGUACACACAGCACUUUAGCCGUGCCUCGCGCCCGGGCUCGCUGAGCGCCAGCCGCCGCCCGCGCCGCCGCUUCGAGCUUGUCUACCGCGGCGAGCUCGCUGACGUUGCUAACACACGGCCCCUGUUUGCCGCAUUGGUCAAGGGCCUGGUGUCGUCUGUGACCGAUGCUGGUGGCCGCGACGUCAACAUUGUUAACGCCACGCUGAUUGCCAAGGAGAAGGGCCUGGCCAUUCGUGAGACGCACGAUCGCAGCGAGGGCGGCAGUGGUGUGAGCCUGCGGGCGCAGGCCGACGAUGAGCCCGAGGCGUCGACAAGCGCCACACCCAGCGGUGAAGAGGAUGGGCCGGCUCUUGCUCCGGUCGACGACGCGCCCGCUGCCGCUGCCCCUGUGGCCGCGCCCGCGGCUGCCACGACACUCCCCGACGAGAUAAUUGAAGGCUAUGUCAGUGGCAAGAGCAUCUACAUCAGCCGCGUCGACCGCUUUGUGGCCAACUUUGUGCCCGAGGGCACGCUUCUGGUGCUCCACAACUACGACGAGCCGGGCAAGAUUGGCCACGUCGGCAUGGCACUGGGCCGCCACGGCAUCAACAUUACGUUUAUGCACGUGGCGAGCGUCGACCGCAGUGGCGCCGUGCGCCGCCGCAGCGUGACCACGGGCACGGAGAACGAGGCGCUGAUGAUCCUGGGCGUGGACGGCCCUGCCGUGACGCCCGCCGUCAUUGAUGACCUGCGUGAGUCGGAGGGCAUCCUGGACGUCAGCCUCGUGCGGUUGUAG